UAACGACGCUGACAAUGAGGAAGUAGAAUUCCGCCGGUGGUGACCCAGAUAAUUACUUAAGACUGUCCCAGCCGGUAAGAUUUACAUAUUCCUGUGGCCUUCAGCCCUCCACACCUUACUUCUUCCAGGAGCGAUUCCACCACGGGAAAUCCCCUUGUGACUUUCCCUGCCAUGAAGCUGCCAGGACUCUCAUUGUGACCCGAGCUUCUCAUAUGGACGGUUAUGUGAUUAUGACCAUGGCGGUACACAAGUAUGUCAGCUUGUGGGACUUCGAUGGCUCUGGGACGGAGGAACUCAGCUUCAAGGCCGGCGACUUCUUCCAAGCCGUGGACAAGACAGGGGACUGGUGGCUGGUGGACAGGAUCAACGCCAUCGGUGGUAAAACCGGCGAACAGGGAUAUGUGCCUUUCAAUUACCUAGCGGAGGAAGGGACGGUGGAGGAGAAGGCAUGGUUCUUCGGAGAACUCUCGCGGACAGAGGCCAUCAAGCUGCUGAUGAAAGGCGGGAACACCACCGGAUCCUUCCUGGUCCGCCAGAGCGAGAAGCAGGACUUCGUCUACGCCCUCUCAGUGCGAAACGACAACGCGGUGAAACACUUCAAGAUCCUGCGGGACUCCGGGGGGGAAUACCACUUGAAUACCAGCGCGUAUUUCCCGGAUCUGAACAAGCUUGUCGAUUAUUACCAUGAGAAGCCGGUCAUGAAGGGGCUGGUGCUGACCAAACCUUGCCUGAAGGAUGAGCCAACGGCCACCGACCUGAAUCCUCUAUCUCUAGACGAAUGGGAGAGGCCCAAAGAAGAGUUCAUUCUUGGGAAAAAGCUGGGUUCGGGAAAUUUUGCACAGGUCCACGAAGGCUACUGGAAGGGGCGAGUGAAGAUUAAGGUGGCCAUUAAAACCAUAAAGCAAGAUAUGACCAACCGUGAAAUCUUCCAGAAGGAAACCGCUUUUCUCAAGACACUACGCCACCGGAACCUGCUGUCUCUGUAUGCCGUGUGCUCCGUGGGGGAUCCGUAUUAUAUAGUGACGGAGCUCCUCACUAAAGGGGACCUCCUGCAUUUCCUGAGAGAUGGGGAAGGCAAUGAGCUGAACUUAGACGGCCUCAUGGAUAUCGCAGGACAAGUCACAGACGGGAUGCAUUACCUGGAAUCCAAGAAUUGUAUCCACCGCGACCUGGCCGCCCGGAACGUGCUGAUUGGCCAGAACAACAUCUGCAAAGUUGCCGACUUUGGCUUAGCCAGGAUUAUCCCGGACGACUUCUAUAUGUCCCAUUCUAAGGAGGUGCCGUACAAGUGGACCGCCCCCGAGGCCCUGGAGUUUGGACGCUUCACCCUAAAGUCUGAUGUCUGGUCCUUUGGCGUUCUUUUACAUGAGAUCAUGUCCCGGGGAAUGAACCCCUAUCCAGGUGUCCCCAACUCCGAACUGCUUCAGUACCUCAAGAAAGGCAGAAGGCUGAGCAUUCCAGAGAACUGCUCGGAGAAGAUCCACAAAGUCAUGCUGGAAUGCUGGAACGCCAAUCCGCAGAAGAGGCCGACGUUCGGAGAACUGAAGAUCACCAUAGACAACCUGGCCAACUACGAGCCGUCAUCAGUGGAGCCCCCCCCCAAACCCAUCAAGCCCAAAGGCCUCUUGGCCAAGCUGAAGAAGAAUGCCCACUGACCAAUGGCAGGCCAGGAAAAAACAUUUUUUUUAGGACUUUGCAUGGAUAAUUAAAAGGGAACUUCGCUCAAAAAAGAUCAUCAUAGACAACCUGGCCAACUACGAGCUGUCAGAGGAGUCCCCCAAACCCAUCAAGCCCAAAGGCCUCUUGGCCAAACUGAGGAAAAAUGCCCGCUGACCAAUGGCAGGCCAGGAAAAAACUUUUUUUUUUAGGACUCUGCAUGGACAAUUAAACGGCAUCUUCAUCCAAAAGAGAAGAUCACCUGGCCAACUACGAGCCGUCAUCAGAGGAGCCCCCCCAAACCCAUUAAGCCCAAAGGCCUCUUGGCCAAGUUGAAGAAGAAUGCCUGCUGAACAAUGACAGGACAGGAAAAAAAAAAAUUCUUUAGGACUCUUCAUGGAUAAUUAAAGGGCAACUUCAUCCAAAAGAGAAGAUCACCUGGCCAACUACGAGACGUCAUCAGAGGAGCCCCCCCCCCCCCAAACCCAUCAAGCCCAAAGGCCUCUUGGCCAAGCUGAAGAAGAAUGCCCACUGACCAAUGGCAGGCCAGGAAUAUUUUAUUUAGGACUCUGCAUGGAUAAUUAAAGGGCAACUUCGCUCAAAGAAGGUCACCAUAGACAACCUGGCUAACUACGAGCUGUCAGAGGAGUCCCCCAAACCCAUCAAGCCCAAAGGCCUCUUGGUCAAGCUGAA